AUUGCAGACUCCAGGCGGCAAGGGCUUACUGGUCUCAAGCUGCACGUGCCCAGCCUGCUGAGAUUUACAUACAGUCCUGAGAGCUAACAUCAGUCAGUAAGAGCGGCAGAGCCUGGCUUUCUGAAGGCCUCUUGCAUUGCUCACAUACUACAUAGCAAGGGGGAAGCAUGGCCACAUUAGCCAAUUUGACCCAGACACUGGAGGAUGUCUUCAAAAAGAUUUUUAUUACUUAUAUGGACAACUGGAGGAGGAACACAACAGCUGAGGAGCAGGCACUCCAGGCCAGAGUGGAUGCCGAGAACUUCUACUACGUCAUCCUGUACCUCAUGGUAAUGAUCGGCAUGUUCUCGUUCAUCGUGGUGGCCAUCCUGGUGAGCACAGUGAAGUCAAAGCGGCGGGAACACUCUCAGGACCCGUACCACCAGUACAUUGUGGAGGACUGGCAGGAGAAGUAUAAAAGUCAAAUCUUGCAUCUGGAAGACUCCAAGGCCACCAUCCAUGAGAACAUGGGGGCGACAGGGUUCACAGUGUCACCCUGAUAAAGAACAAGGGUCUGUCUGGCUAGGAUGGGGUGCUUCUGCUGCCUCAAGAGCCCCACUUGUCCUUGCUCAGAAGAAAGCUAGUUCCUCUGUGCAGCCUAGCUAGCCAGUUGACGCAGGUGAUGUUUCUAUCUCAGUGGUUUAGGUGAGCCUGUCGGGGUGAUACUUUAUGCUAAGGAUCUCUUUUUCACUUGCUGUGCAUUGUAAAUGUCAUUUAAAUCUAUUUCAAUCAUAAGAACAGAGGCAAACAUGGAGCAGUGGGACUGGGCAAGGGCAGUGGGAAUAGAAAGCAGAUAUUUACAAAUCUUUCGACCUUCUUUCUCAUGAAAUAUUAGUCUGGAUGUAGCAAAUUCAAGUUAUGAAUAAGUCAAACCUGUUCAGAAGCUGGAGUUUAAAUCUCUCUCGGGCUUGGUGAACUGACUGGAGAGCAUUCACUUACUGAUUUACGGGCAGCGAGUCCAAGGUGAUCAGUGGACAGAAGUGUGGGGUUAUUCUGCAUUCACAGCUUUCCUGGUAUUUAACUGAUUUAGACGUCUGGACAGAACAAACACUGAAAGGACAAAUAAUCCACACCAGAAGCAGAAAAUAUUCAAGAGCCCCCCUCCUACCCCCACCCUCAGUGCAACCAAACAUAUUUUUAACUUUUUACAGAAACUUAAACUUUAAAAGCUCUCUGACUUGAAAAAGUACAGCCUUUCUUCCUAAACAUCAUUCUCUUUACUUAAUGUUAGAUCCGAUUUAUAGCUUAUUUUCAGACGUGUUUGACAAGGUGGAAGCUACAGAACACCCUCUAGAUGUCUGAUGCAAGCUAGACCAUGGCUAUUUAAUCCUUUGCACCACAGUUGCGGGCUAGAGAGAUGUUGGUCAAAGGCUACAGAUUUUAAUGGGGCUGGGGAUGCACACCCAUAACCCAACCCUCAGGAGACUUGGUGGGAGGGGCUAGCUGAGGUUCCAAGCCAUUCUAAAUCCAUUGCACUGCAAGAUCAAUAAUUCUGCCUUUUGUUCUUAAAAACUGAUACCUGAGGAUAGUAAGUAUCCUUACCACAACACAGUAACUAGAUGAGAUGAUAUGUUAGUCAGUUCACAAUGUGUAUACACUUCAAAACAUCAUGUUACGUGUGUGAUACAAUGUAACCUGUCCUUAAAAAAAUAAAAUGAAUAUUUUGCACAA